UUAGAAAUAAUAGUGUUUACAAAAAUGUCAGAAAAUACCUGUAGUAGAAAUACUGAGUCUUCCUGUACGAGAAAACUGAACAAGAAGAUGGAGGAGGAGAGUAAGUCGUGCUGGCGGGAGGAGGUGAAGAUGAUGACCAGUAAGGAAGUAUGGCAGCUGGCGUGUCAGGGCAGAGUGAGGACGCUGGGGAAGGGAGCCUAUGGCAAGGCCAUCCUGGUGAAGGACGCCGGCCGGAUGAUGGUCCUUAAGGUCGCCAACAACAGGAAGACGGAGGAUGUAUCCUUCCAGCGUGAAGGAGAGUUCCUGCAGCUGCUGCAGGGCGCAGGAGGAGCCCCCGCCCUAUACGGGGUGUGCCAGUGCCCUUCAGCCCUCCUGAUGGAGUACUGCGAGGGCGACAUCUUGUGCGACCUCCGUCAGGAAUUCAAGACUGACCGCGAGUGCCUGCAGGUAAUACUGGCCACUGCCAAGGCACUCCAGCAGGUGCACAAGAAGGGCCUCGUUCACAACGACAUCAAACUCGAUAACAUCAUCGUCCGGCGGUGCCAGGGAGUUCCGCAGGUGAGAAUAAUUGACUACGGCAUGUCUCGCCGUGUUGGCACUCCCCAGAUCACCUUCAGUGGCACUCACCUCGAGUACUUCCGGUCAGCCCCGGAGAUGUUCGUCUUUGGCACCACCUGCAGCGUUGCCAGUGACGUGUACUCCUUCGGCGUCCUCGUCGGGGACGUGCACAGACAGAUGCGAGGAUAUUAUCCAGACUUGGAGAGACUAGUUGUGGAGUCCACGAGGCUUACUGUGGCAGACAGGCUGACACUCGAGGCCAUCAUUUUCACCCUCGAGAAGCUGGUCAGGACGCUCGAUUCCCGCAGGAAGGUGGCGGCUCCAGCAGCAGUGAGGGGCCGACGUCAGGUGCCUCCUAGGCCGCAGGUGCCUCCUAGGCCGCAGGUGUUUCCCACGCCGCAGGUGCUGCCCAAGCAGCAUGUGGCCCUUUGUAAGCAGGUACCUCUCCAGCAGCAGGUACCACACCAGCAGCAGGUACCUCACCAGCAGCAGCAGGUA